AUGCCUCAAGAUAUGAGCGAUACCAAAUUCCAAAUCCGGGACCACUCUUUCAACUCACAAAUCACAAGGGGUAGAGCACCCUCUAUCCCAUUACCUACUCUCUGUAGAACUCCAGCUCACAGUCCUUCCUCACGAGCUUCUGCUUCCCAUGUCCGUUCCAGCAGCGAAGGGGCCGUUGCCAGCCCACGAUCUCGUCUCAUAAACCGAGUGAAGUUUACAGUUGACGGAGAUACGUCACAAUCACACCAGUCUCAAGCGACUCAAAAUGGAUCAGAUAUUGAGAGGAACCUUCUUCAAAUCCCGCAAGUUGCUUAUUGUCAACAGCAGCCAGAUGGAGAAGCAAUAGAGGAACAACAUGCUGAGAUGUCAGAUGAUUUGCCAGGUUUUUUCUCUCCACAGCCGUAUUCAGGUGGCUCAACGCCUGCGAGCGUCUGUGGAUCGGUUGGCAGCAUAGUGAACCUUGUAGAUAAUGAUGGGAUUCAUGGGCAGGGAGUUGCUGAUAAAAAGGGGAGGGCUUUGCAUGGUGCCUAUGAGAGAGCUCAGAGGCUGGCGGCCUCUGUCAUUCAUCGACAUCCAUCACAGAUCAAUGAACGAGGUGGUGGCUCUCGAAAGGUUUCUCGCCGGCGUCGGCGUGAUGCCGAUUCUGCGAGCGAGAAAGGAGAGGCGGAAUUUUACGAUAACUUAGAUAUGUUGGAAAAGCAAGCUUACAUUUCUGAUAAUGACAAUUCUGAUGAUUGCCAAUUUGAGGCUGAGGCUGCCGAACUAUUUCGAGGAAUGUCGCGACAAGAUUCUCACCGUCUUACCAGAGUUCUUGCACGAAGUGACGAUCUAGCCUCCGGCCACAGUACCCCUUACGCAGACAGAGACCCCGAUGUUUAUGUUGCCCGACCGUCGCAUUACAGGGGUGGGAUACUAUCGUCGUUGCUCCGGAUGUAUAGUGGUCGUGAGACUGAGCAACUAGAGCAGAAAGAUAUCAAAUAUCCUUUUCCUCAGCCUCCAAGCAGAGCAUUGUCGCCGAACCGCAAAAAUUCGGGCCGUCCACGAAGACAAAAAUGGUACAAUAACAAGUCUGCCAGUCAAUCCAUAUGCUCCCUUAAUUCAGCCUCCCCAAAUAGGGGAUUGCGGCAAACGUCACCUGCGGGGAGACAGAUGUCGAGCGGAGGGUGCAACAAUCUUGCAAAAAAAAGUAAAACAAGUUCUAAACCUCGACUUGAGGAAGAGAUCCGGCUCACAGUCCAUAUUGCGGAGACUCUGGCGCGCCAGAGAUAUCUGGUCAAGCUAUGUCGCGCACUGAUGUGGUCUGGAGCACCUACUCAUCGACUGGAAGAAUACAUGCGAAUGACUGCUCGAGUGCUGGAGAUAGAUGGCCAAUUUCUAUACAUCCCUGGUGUUAUGGUUAUGGCCUUUGACGACAACACGACGCACGUCACAGAGGUAAAAUUGAUUAAGUCAUCACAACAUGUCAACCUGGGCCGUCUCCGUGACAUCCAGGUAGUGUACAAGGAGGUCGUUCACGAUGUCAUUGGCGUCGAGGAGGCCAUGCAGAGGCUAGACGAAAUUACCAAAGCUCAACCCAAGUUUGGCGUCCGGUGGCUGAUACCCCUGUAUGGUUGCGCAAGCGCUCUGGUUGGGCCAUUCGCAUUUGGCGCACGACCAAUCGACAUGCCUCUAUGCUUUGUUCUCGGCUGUAUUGUUGCUCUACUUCAGCAUGUUCUCGCCCCGCGCUCCGAGAACUACGCCAACGUCUUCGAGGUUUCCGCUGCCGUCAUCACCUCCUUCCUUGCACGGGCAUUAGGAAGCAUUGAACUACGACAUGGAGAACACCUCUUUUGUUUCGCAGCUCUGGCUCAGUCGUCCAUAGUUCUAAUUUUACCAGGCUACAUCGUCCUCUGCGGCGCGCUGGAGCUGCAGUCGCGCAACAUUAUUGCUGGCUCUGUCCGUAUGGUCUACGCUAUCAUCUACUCUCUCUUCCUCGGUUUCGGCAUCAUGCUUGGCACCGCCUUCUACGGCCUCCUGGAUCCACACGCUACGUUGGACUUCAUCUGCCCUGCCAGUCCCAUCAAGAAUGAAUACAUCCAACGUUUCCCCUUUGUGAUCAUCUAUGUAAUCUGCUCAUGUCUGAUCUAUCAGGCAAAAUAUAAACAAAUUCCCAUCAUGGUCGCUAUCGCUUUCACUGGCUACAUUGUCAGCUUCUUCUCCGCACGCCGGUUCGUGUCUACCCAGCUUUCCAGUGCUCUGGGCGCCUUCGCCAUCGGCGUCAUAGGUAACUUGUACAGCCGGCUGCGACACGGGCUUGCCGCUGCAGCUAUCCUACCCGCCAUUUUGUUGCAGCUCCCCUCAGGUCUGGCCACUAGUGGCAGUCUCGUGUCUAGUCUGAUCGUUGCGACCACCAUUAAGGAUGAUGCGACCACGUCGAAACCACUGAGCACUGUGGCAAAUGACUGGAUAGUUAAGUCCGCUAUGUCGCCGUCCACAUCUAAGGGAUUGAAUGAUUUGAUGCGGCAUAUCAUGCUGCAAAGAUUCUUGGGGAAUGUGGUUUUUGAUAUUGCCUAUGGCAUGUUGGAGGUUUCGAUAGGCAUUACAGUGGGGUUAUUUAUGGCAGCAUUGGUAAUUUAUCCAUUUGGGAAAAGGAGGAGUGGCUUGUUCAGUUUUUGA